CAUCUGUCAAGAUAAUGUGACCUCUGGCUGGCUUUGAUGUGAUGGAAGCAGGCUGCAGAGCUCUCCCUGAGAAAGUUCCCCUUCGCCUUCACUAGAUCUUAAGGCAGCCCCAACACAAAGCUUUUCUAAAACAAAAUGAGCAGCGGAGUGGAAACAUGAAGCCCUUGGAUGAGGGGCUCUGAUACACACGCCUUUCCUGCAGAGAACCAGCUGUGCAGGGAAGGAAGGGUUACAGGAAACGUGGGCUCUGCUCUGAGCAGCACACAGGGAGCUAUGCCUUGAUCAAAGGCUUCUGGCAGAGGGCUGCCUGGGAAGUGGGGCUGCCUCCUUCCCAAAGCGAUGCAUCUGGGGCUGCAGCAGGCAGCAGAGGGGUUCCUUCUCCCCUGGCAUCCCCUCCAAGUAGGGCCAGGGCUGAACUCCAGGAGGAUGCUUCAGGAGCCCUUUUCCUCCGCUGGCAGAGGUGAGAGAUGAGGAAAAACCUUGCCCUCUGCACAGGAGAUGGGGAGCAGCCCCAGCUGAGCAAAACAGCAAGAACAGAGCAACAUCUGCACACAGCAUAGGGUGGGAGAGAGCUGGAGCCAGCCGAGCAGAUCUUCAAAUGAAGUCCUGUGUUAUCCUUCUCAGCCAUCUUGGCUCUUUAAAUCCAGGGGAUUCCCUCCGUGUCUCUGCAGCUCUGACUUAGCACCAAAAAUUCCCCUCUCGUGAUGCAAGUGACACCAGGCCCUGUUCCCAUAACACUGACAUUUCCCUUUCAAUCCCUCCAGUCCCAAGACUAUGGUUGCCAAGCUCCGUGUCUUGCUCAGCCCUUUGGUUUUCCAAAUGCAUGGUAACUGUUGAGUCACAGCCUGAACCACUGAUUGAGCACCUGGGGAAAGGACCCAGUCAGCACAGGUGAAGGCAAUUCAUCUGUGCAACCUGAAGGGGUGGAGUCUGGCUGCACCUCUCUUAGACCUCAUUUAAGGGCUGACUGCCACUGGGGAAAGAUCUCUGAUUGAAGAUCUUUCAUUUGUGGAGUCUUUCCUGUGAACCUAGAUCUUUGGAGAUGGACAGGGUGUUCUUGCUGAGAAGUGAGGAGGAGCCUGUGCCUUCUAUGCCUGGAGUCCUGUCGGUCUCUGAGUGACCAGCAAGGUGAAUCAGCAAAGGAUGGAGCCAAAGCACAAGCAGCAGUACCAGAAGAACACCAGGCUGUCAACAAAGGAGCAGCAGGAUACUAAGAGUGGAUGAAGCCCAGCAGUUCAUCUGGCAGAAACCUGCUUCUGAGAAACAGAGGGGGACAAAAGAGCAAAGAACAAGGCACAGCCUCUCAAUGAAGACUGCUCAGACACAGGUGUUGCUCAGGCUGAUGAUAACACUGGGACAGCACUGUCACUCUGAGUUAUGACUCCAUUACUUUCUCAGCAGCAGAAUGGGCAGAGCACACUGUGCGUGGGCUGAUAAGUGUGUGCUGUGUUUCACCCUGGGGAAGAGCCCUAUCUCAGAGGGAGUGGGUGCAAGUGUCCUGAGCAGAUUGGUCUCUGCUGGUCAGUAAGUAGGUGGGUGCAGAGAUGCUGGCAGAUAAGAGCAGCAAGAAGCAGAGCAGGCAGAGUGGGUUAUAGCAAGUGAGAGAACCAGAAGCCAAGAGAGGCCAGCAAGGAAGCAUGGCAGGAGCUGAGUGCCCACCCUGUGAGGGAGGCAGAAGUGUAGGGUGCAGGACAGCAAGCACAAGGUCCUGCAGCAUUCAGUGCUGGCAAGAGGGACAGCAGUGCUGUUAGUGGGCAGCAGACAGACAUGGAAGAGGACGGAUUCAACUGAGGGUGUGCCUUCUACUCUAAGUACUGCAUGCAGCAAUUCACUUCUGAGCAUGAGGCUGAUGCUGAAGCACUUUAGAAGGGACUUCAUAGAACUGUAGAUCCACUAGAGUUGGAAGGGACCCUUAAAGGCAUCUAAUCCAACUCCCUGCACUGAACGGGGACAUCUGCAGCUCCAUCAGAUGCUCAGAGCCCUGUGCAGACUGACCUUGGGUGUUCCCAGGGAUGGGGAAUCCACCACCCCUCUGGGCAACUCAAGUGUGGUGAGGCACUGGCAUAUUUUAAUUUUGUUCUUUUAUAUCCAGUUUAAAUCUCUCCUCCUUUAGUUUGAGCCCAUUUCCCCCUGUCCUACCACAACGGUCCCUGCUAAAGUGUCUGCCCCCAACUUUCCUAUAGCCUCUCCAUUAGACACUGAAAGGCUGCUCUCAGAUCUCCCCGGAGCCUUCCCUUCUCCAUGCUGAACAGCCCAGCCCUCUCGGCCUGACCCCGUGGAGGUGUUCCAUCCCUCGGAUCAUUUUUGUGGCCCUCCUCUGCACGUGCUCCAUGCCUCUCCUGCACCGAGGACUCCACAUCCGGACGUGAUACUGCCGUUGAGGUCUCACCAGCACAGGCAGGGUCGCGUCCCUCGACCUGCUGGCCACCUGCGAAGUGACCGCAUGGAGCAAAUACACGCCCCCCAUUUCCUGCCGUGCUGAGAUGCGAGCACUGCGCGUGCGCCGCCCGCCCGCACCUCUCGCGUUCUGAGCCCGCCGAGCUCCCGUCGCUACUUCCGGCGCAGAGCCGGAAGCGGAAGGCGGAGCUGUGGCAGCGUGAGGAGAUGGCGGCCCGCGGCUCCGCGAAGCGUGGUGCAGGUGCUGGUGGGGCCCGCGGCUCCGAGCCGCAGGAGGAGCCGCCGCCGCCGCUCCAGGCCGUGCUGGUCGCCGACAGCUUCAACCGCCGUUUCUUCCCCAUCUCCAAAGACCGUCCGCGGGCUCUUUUACCUAUGGCAAAUGUGGCCAUGAUUGAUUAUACCUUGGAGUUCUUAACAGCAACUGGAGUAGAAGAAACCUUUGUUUUCUGCUGUUGGAAGUCAGCUGAGAUAAAAGAGCAUUUACAAAGAUCCAAGUGGUGCCGCCACACCUCUCCCAACACAGUGCGCUUUGUGACUUCAGACCUGUACCGCUCCCUCGGUGAUGUGCUGCGAGAUGUUGAUGCCAAGUCCCUUGUUCGUUCUGACUUCAUUCUCGUCACUGGGGAUGUGGUAUCCAACCUCAAUGUAUCCAGAGCCUUGGAAGAGCACAAGUUGCGUCGUAAGAUGGAAAAGAAUGUUUCUGUGAUGACGAUGAUUUUCAAGGAGUCCUCACCUGGUCACCAUGCCAGGUGCAAAGAGGAUGACAUUGUUAUUGCUAUGGAUAGUGCCACAAACCGUGUCCUUCACUAUCAGAGAACCCAGGGACUGAAACGCUUCCGCUUUCCCAUGAGUCUGUUUCAGAACUCUAUUGAAAAUGUUGAGGUGCGCCAUGAUUUGCUGGAUUGUCACAUCAGCAUCUGUUCUCCACAGGUGGCUGAGCUUUUCACAGACAAUUUUGACUACCAGACACGGGAUGACUUUGUGCGUGGUCUGUUAGUGAAUGAGGAGAUCCUGGGGAACCAAAUCCAUAUGCAUGUAACGACAGAAGAGUAUGGUGCUCACAUAUGCAACCUACUAAUGUAUGAAGCUGUGUGCUCUGACAUCAUCAGGCGCUGGGUUUAUCCUUUGACUCCGGAGAUGAACUUCACUGAUGACAAGAAUCAGAGUUAUACCCAUUCUAAACACAACAUUUACCGGGGAGUGGAUGUUAGCCUUGGUCAUGGCAGCAUGCUGAAAGAGAACGUUCUCAUUGGGCAGGGAACAGUCAUUGGCAGCAACUGCUCAAUAAUGAACAGUGUUAUUGGACAGAACUGUAGGAUAGGUAAUGAAGUCAUGUUGGAUGGAGCUUUUCUUUGGGAUGGAGUACACAUAGCAGAUAAUGUGCAGAUCCAGCAUUCUGUUAUCUGUGAUGAAGUUGAAGUGAAGGAGAAAGUAAAGCUAAAACCUCACUGUGUCCUCUCCUCACAGGUGGUUGUUGGUCCUGACAUCACUCUUUCAGAGGGCACGGUGAUCUCUCUACACCCACCAGAUGAGGAGGAGGAGGAUGACGACCAGUUCAGUGAUGAUUCUGGUGUGAAUAAGGAGGAGAGCAAAGUGAAGCUGAAAGGCUACAACAAAAAGGAUGUAGGCUCAGAAGGCAGAGGCUAUCUCUGGAAAGCAGAUGACAAAAAUGAAGAUGAUGAAGAGCAGAGACAGAGCCUGUGGGGCCCAGCUAUGCUUUCGGAAGAAGAGAGUGAGUCAGACAGCGACCUCAGCAUGGGCUCUGAGGAGCCAGACAGUCGGGCAGCAUCCCCUCAGCUAGACGACAUCAAAGUUUUCCAGAAUGAGGUUCUGGGUACAUUACAGAGGGGUGAAGAAGAAAACAUUUCCUGCGACAACCUGGUCCUGGAAAUCAACUCUCUCAAGUAUGCAUAUAACAUCAGUCUGAGUGAGAUGAUGCAGGUGCUCAGUAAAGUGAUUCUGGAGUUCCCAUUACAGCAGCUGGAUGCAAACCUGGACUCCCAGAACUAUUUCUCAGCAUUACUUCCUCUGUUGAAGAACUGGACCCCAUUGUUUAAGAACUACAUAAAACGUUCAUCAGAUCACUUGAAUGCCUUAUUUGCCAUUGAGGAAUUCUUCCUGGAACACGACAGUCUUUGCACAUCAAUAGCUAAAGUGUUGAUGACAUUUUACCAGCUGGAAAUUCUGGAAGAAGAUGUAAUUCUCAACUGGUUCUCUCUGCGGGACACAUCUGACAAGGGAAAGCAGCUUCGUAAAAACCAGAGGCUUCAGAAGUUCAUCCAGUGGCUGGAGGAGGCAGAAGAAGAGUCGUCUGAUGGCGACCAAGACUGAUGUGGUGACUUGGCGUGAGAAGAGGCACACUCACUGCCUUUCUGGGCUGAGUGGGCAGGGCAAGAUCAGUGCCAGUGCAUGGUGUGUAGUUGUGGGGCCUGACAUCAAAGUGACUGACAAUCCCAUCACUAAUUGUGUUGUGCAUUCCCAACUUUGCCACUUCCCUCCCCCCUGCCUCCCUUGCUUGCCUAGUGGCACAUUAUGUUGGAUGGUUGCAGCACAGUGUAAAAACAAUAUGGGAAAAGCAGGAGGCAAUGGCAUCUAGAAUCCCUGUGGAGCCUGGAUACGGUAUACUGUAAGCUAUCUUUUGGGAACUCCUUGUUACUAAUACAAAAGGAGCAAAUAAAUGCAAAUGCAUAUACCAUCCUUGUAAAUCAAACCAUUCGGGUCGUGGAAGAGUGGUCGUACAGCUAAGUUAUUGGGAGUCAUUGCUUCUGGAGCUAAGAGAACUCCUGCUGAAGAGACACUGGCAAGGUUGGUAAGUAGAAGCAUGUGAAUUAGGAUCUGGAGUGCAGGACUCCAGAGUUCCUGUGCCUUGAGAAGAUACAGUUAGUUGUUUCAGGAUGCCCAAGGCACUUUGCAGUCCAGAAGGUGUUUGUGAUCUUUACAAAAGGGAGAACCUCUUGCCAUCUGCUGUGCUAGGAUCUGAAGAAAGGUUGCACAGCAGGGUUGGUUAUAACAUGUGUUUCCUCUUUCUUUAGAAUAGGGGAUGGUGUAAACUCAGCUCCCCUAACAGGAGUUGGCUAAUAGCAGAUGCACACUGCUCGGUGAAAUGCUGUACAGUUUACUACAUCUUAGGUGCGAUCUGCCUUCUGUGCAUCCCCGGCUUAGCAGACACAUUGUUUUAGAAGUGUCUGUUUCUUUGUUUGUUGGUUAAUUUUUUAAUAAAACAGGAGAGAGAUGUCUAGCUCCUCCUGCUGCACAGCUACGCCUGUGUUUUGCUCUGUGGGCACUGACUGAACCAGCUGCUUUCAGGAGCAGCUUCUGUUCAUAGGUGGAUUAUAAGUUGGGUAUUCUGACCUUGCCUCUGCCCCUUCAGGAGGAGUGUGGAAUAAACCCCAUGAGAGGGAGGGGAAAUAAGCACUGGAGCUGCCCACUCAGGAUCUUUACUUGGCCGUUCCAUGGUGCCACAAAUGUCAGUGAGGGGACAGCAGUGGAUGCUGGAGGCUGGGGGUUCUGCCUCUUCCAAACUGAUGCUGCAGGGCCAUCUUGUGCACUCACACUACCAGUUGCCAGGAUUGUGCAUAACUGCUUGUUUUCUACAGUGCAAACUCAGCCUUGUAAAUGUUGGGGAAAUGGUAUCUGAGUUUUCUGUAUCUGCCAUUAUUUAAUUCAGGGAGCAAAUAAAAACUAUCCUGGUGAUA